AUGCUUUGGGACUACAUGGAAGGGAUUUCUCUUUCUAUUGGAACAGAUGAGAUCGAUGUUACCCUUUUAUCAAGUUUGAUCAAAAAAUACGCAUCAAUAUCAGCUUCAGAAGCAAUGUGUGAAAGAGAUUUCAAGGACUUAAGAGAUCUUUUAACAGGACUUAGGGCAAGAACAGGCGAUCGGCUUUGUAAUGCAAUAAUGAUUUUGAAAUUAGCUCCUCUUUUAGUGAAAGAUAGAUUCCGGUACAAUUACAUUAGACCUGGUUCAGUAUGA